ACUGCUAUUUGGCGUGAGAAAUAGUUGUGUUCUUGUUUUUUCAUACAAUGUAAACCACAAAUAUCAACCGGUUGUUAUAGCAUUAUCACAAUUUCGUGUCUUGUUUUCAGGAUUCCAGCUAAUGAAGAAUGGAGGGCUUUGUGUAUUAUUUCCAUUAAUAUUGACGACAAUGUGUCAAAAUUUGCAUGCGUUUGUAGUUUACAUUUUAAUCAAGAUAACUAUUUAACAGAAGCUAAGAAAAAGUUAAAACCACAAGCGGUUCCUUCAGUAUUCCGUAAGGUAAUAAAGUGUUAACGUGUUUGUUUUUUAAUAUAUGAUACCCAUUGUGUGUGUGUGUGUGUGUAAAAAUGCUAUGCAAACGGCUAUUAAUUUGUGCAAAGCUGGAGAAUCAAUAAAAAUCACAGCUAAAAAGUAUAGUUUAGCUUAUACAACUUUGUAUAGGCAUGUGAAAACUGGCAUUGCUGCAUCAAAACUUUGGCGAUUCCGUCUCGUUUUCACUGAAGAUCAGGAAAUAGAUUUGGUGAUAUAUCUCAAAGUUGGAUUCAGUAUUUUUUGGCUAGACUCGAGAUGAAUUCAAAAAUUUAGCGUUCAUCUACGCCAAGAAAAAUAAUUUGAACUAGCCUAGUAAUUGGGACAAGUACGCAAAAGCUGGAGAUGAUUGGCUAUCGUCAUUUUUGUCUGUUCACGAUCAAACUCAGGACUCCAGAGGCAACAUCGGUUGCAAGGGCAAAAGGAUUUAACAGACAUGAAGUUGGACGUUUUUAUGAAGACCUUGAAGAUUUAACAGUAAAAUAUAAUAUUUAGAUUUUACAACAUGGAUGAAAUUGGUAUAUCUACAACCACAAAUAAAACGCCUAAAGUGCUAUCAACGAAAGGAAAGAAACAAGUGGGCAUAAUCGCCAGUGCACGUGGUCAAUUAACUACUGUCAUAGGUUGUUGUAAUACCGCUGGUUCAUUUCUCCCACUAUAAUUGAUGGUGCGCCUUCCGGCACUCAAGGAACCGGUACUCCAAAUGGUUUGGCUUCAGGUGAGGUGUUCUUUGAUUGGAUGCAUUUUUUGUGGAGCUUGUUCGACCUACCCCUGAGAAAAAAUACUUCUAUUAUUGGAUAACCACCACGAAAGCCAUCAGUAUUACCUAACUUUAGGUUACACCAGCAAGAACGAUAUCGUAAUUUUAUCCUUGGCUCCACACACAACUCUUAAAAUGCAGCCCAUGGAUGAAGCGGUUUACGGCCGACUGAAAACUUACUUUGAAAGGGAGGUAAAGAUCAUUGGGCGUUUUUUACCCGCUUUUUUUAAAGUCGCGAACAUAAACCAAAACACUUUUAAAUCAUAGUGCUUCCAAUCAUAUUUAAUAUUAUGUGGUUAUUUUAAUUCAUAACAAUGGGAAAAUGGAAAUAAAAGUAAAAUGAAAUUCAUAUUUUAAGUUGACUAUUUGUCCUAAUUACUAAAUAUGACCGCUCAGUAAGUUAAAAUAUCACUCCGUGGUAUUUUCGUAAAGUCAACCUGACUGAUAUCCGAUAAGUGGGUGUGCAUGUUGCGUUCUCUUUCUCGCCCAUUGUCGUAAAACAGGUUUGGUUGCGCUCGCGCAGGUAGCUAGCUUAUCUUACUACAACGCAGUCCUUCGUCAUCCGUCGUAGCGAUCUGUGUUUUACUGUGUUCCCAUUGUGUUCUGAGUCUACUAAUUACCUACUGCUUGUUUACUGGAUUUUGUUUGCCUUCGUGUUGGAUUUGGCUGUGAAAUGGAACGACGAAAUAGUUGUGUGUCGUGUGAGCGAUCUGUUCUACGUCGUAGAAGACAUCGUCUUACACAAAUGUUUUUAGAAAGAUAUCAUGACUAUGCAGUACUAUUAUUACAAGAAAUAAUGCCACGGGAGAUUGCUUUUGAUGGAACACUAUCAAUAUGCAACCCUUGCUGGCUGAGAUUUUAUCGCGCAGUGCAAGUCCGGCCAGUAGACGAUCCAUUACCUCAGCAAGUUCAAGAACCAUUACCCCAGCAAGUACAAGAAGAGGAAGUCCAAGAAAUAGUAGUUGACGUUCAACAACAACAAGACAUAGGUCUUAUGACUAUUCCUGGAUAUUUGCGUGUAUCUAAUACUGCUCGACGCUGUGUUUUUCAAAACUGCAGAAACGUACCAGCAAAUGCUGUGCCAAAAUAUGUCAGGUUACAUUUUUUUCGUAUUAAUAAGCUAUUCAUACCAAAACUUGCUCGAGUUUGCCAACCCCAUAUGAUAAACAAUGAAUGGGAAGAUCUACUUAAUGAGCAAAUACCUCUUCAUGAAAACUUUAAUAGUGCUCAUGUUCUCGAUAUUAUCGAGCUGUAUGAAUGGAGAUUGGAACGAGGAACUCAGUUGGACUUCGAAAAUGUUGAGGAGAUAGAUGACAAUGAACUACAUUUUUAUACGGGUAUGGAUAAAAUUCAAUUCAAUAAUAUUUUGAAUCAAACAUCUUCUCUACGUGAUAGAACCAACAGUUCUGCUACUGUUUUGGGACUGUAUUUAGUUAAAAUAAGAACAGGUGAACCAGACGAGCGUAUAGCUUCUAUGUUUAAUAUGUCGAGAAGAACAUUGGAACGAAAACUAAAAAUAGCUCGAGAAUGUUUAUCUGAAGAGUUUGUUCCCCACCAUCUGGGUUUGGAUCACAUGACGAGAGAAGAUGUAGUAGCUCGCAACUUAACCAUCCCGAGUCAUAUUUUUGGAGGUAACCAGAAUGAACCUGCGGCCAUUCUUGUGUGUGAUGGAACAUACAUAUACGUGCAAAAAAGCUCCAACUUCCUUUUUCAGAGAAGAACGUAGAGCCUGCACAAAUUCCGCAACUUAAUAAAACCCUUUUUAAUUGUAUGCACAGACGGCUAUAUUGUAGACGUAUUAGGCCCGUAUCCAGCUAUUACUACGGAUGCCGAAAUAAUGCGUCACAUGAUGGAGGAGGAAGUUUGGUAUUGGUUUCUGAACGCCAACGAUAUUUUCAUAUUGGACCGCGGCUUUAGAGACUCUAUCCCUGCCAUCGAAGAGCAUGGAUAUGAUGCACAUAUGCCGCCAACAAGGACGAGAGGAGAGCAGUUGAGCACAGUAGAUGCAAAUAAAUCACGUCUAAUCACUAUGUGUCGUUGGGUAGUAGUAGAGACUAUUAAUGGUCGCUUUAAAAAAGACUUCAAAAUAUUCCGCCAUGUUUAUUUUAAUGUAGCGCUUACAAAUAUGAUGACUGAUUUUAAAAUAACUGCAGCACUUAUCAAUGCCACUUAUCAGCCAUAUAGAGAUAACGCUCAUGCCGCAGAGUUUAUAAAUAUAAUAAAUGAGAAUAUAAAUAGAGAAAAUGAAUUGGCUGAUUACGUGAUUCGAAACAACUUAAACAGGCAAAGAGUUGCAUUCACGCCGAUAGAGGCAAACAAUCCCGAAUUAAGAGAUUUUCCACAAUUAACUUACGACGAGCUAUUUUUAUUUACCUUGGGAAUAUACCAUUUGAAAUUGGCCAAAUCUUAUUGCCAUGAACACAUGCGGCCAAACGGAGUGUAUAUAAUGGAAUUAUACCAUCGCAGAGAGUUGGUAGAAAAUAAAAUAUUAAUACGAGGCAGAAUACAGUCUCGUCACAUAAGAGCAAAACGCUAUUAUACAUAUAUACUAAUAAAUCCGGCAUUGCAAGGAAGACAAAGCCUCGAAGGGUAUUACUGUUCCUGUAUACACGGCCGCCGCACUGUAGGGAGUUGCGCGCACAUCGCCAGUGUGGUAUACUUUUUAUCUUGGGCUAUAUAUCAAGAAGAAUUUCACGCACCUGCGGCGUUUUUAGACGAAACUCUUGUAGAUUUGGAUGCGGCAGAAUAAAAGUAAAGAGAAAAA